AUGGUCUAUUUGCUACUCUUUUUCCUUGCUUGUCUCAACUUUUACACAGAAACACUCGCAGAUGUCCCCUAUGCCGUCGCAUAUUGCGAUUUUCCUCCGUCUCCUUUCCGUGCCGUAGUUGGUCGUGUGACCUUUACCCAAUAUCAAGACGAAACGACUACAGUCACGGGACAAUGUAACACCGGAUUCAAUGACAGCGAUCCGUCGCAUUAUCGAUGGACGAUAUCCUUGUACUACGACUUGACCCCCUUUGUAGAUUAUUCAGUUAAUUCACCGGGAACAAGUGCAUUUCAAGCUAGAGUGGAUGAUCUGCCGCUCACGGGUGAAGAAAGUGUUGUUGGAACAAGGAUGAGGGUAUUCCAUAACGAUGAGGUUAUUGGAAGAUGCGAUAUAACCCGAAUUGGAUGA